GGCAUGAUCUCUGAUACUUGUGUCGUCCGCGUGCCUGCUUCAUCCAAAAUUCAUUUCGACUUGGGGAUCUGCUAAAAUAUUUUUUCCAAAAAAGCCAAUAUUUUUCUCAGAUAAAUAGAGUUUACAAAGUUCCUUGGGGUAUUUCAUGCAUAAUAUAGGGGUUCAACGCAGUGUUUAUGGCAAAAUUGGAAUUACAAAACACUCUUGUUUGGUGUAUGUCCAAUUCAAUAUGCCAGAUAAGAAUCCCACACCAUUAACCGAGUGUCCGGUAUGGCCCAAACGGAUAUUUAAUUGGUGCACUAGGAGGAUCCGUGUAACAUGGGUUAUACCUUCAUAGCUCCUAUAAAAGUAGCAGGAAGAUUGAAUUGAGGAAGCACUACUCAUAUUAGAAAACAUAUUCAGUGAUUAAGCCAGGCAAAGAUGGAAACACCACAUGUUUUAGCCAUAUCUUAUCCUGCACAAGGCCAUGUAAUUCCACUGCUAGAGCUUGCGCAAUGUCUAGUACAACACGGUUUCAAAGUCACAUUUGUGAUCACCGAGUUCAAUCACAAAAGGGUGAUGAAUGCAUUGCCAGACAAAGACAAUGUAAGGAACCAUGUAAAUCUGGUUACAAUCCCGGAUGGGUUGGAACCGUGGGAGGACAGGAAUGACUUGGGAAAGCUAACGGAAUCCACCUCGGAAGUCAUGCCUGGGAAGCUAGAAGAGCUUAUAGAAAAGAUUAAUGGAUCAGACAACAACAAGAUCACUUGUGUUAUAACAGAUGGGUGCCAGGGAUGGGCCAUGGAAGUUGCAGAGAAGAUGCAAAUCAGGCAAGCGGUCUUUUACCCUGCUGCAGCUGCUCUAUGGGCUUUGGGAUUCAGCAUUCCAGAACUGAUUGCUGAUGGUAUUAUAGACAGUUAUGGAACUCCAGUGAAGAGUCAGAUGAUUCAGCUCUCACCAGCCAUGCCUUCAAUGAACACAGAAAACUUUCCGUGGAUGUGCUUUCAAGACAAGAACACAAAAAACAUCCUUUUUGAUCUUAAUACUAGAACCCUCAAGGCUGUGAAAUUUGCUGACCGGCUGAUCUGCAAUUCGAGUUAUGAGCUUGAGCCGGCAGCAUUUUCCUUAUUUCCGAAUUUCCUACCAAUAGGUCCACUUUUGGCAAGUAACCGGCUGGGAAAGUCCAUCGGCCACUUCUGGCCAGAGGACUCAACUUGCUUGGAAUGGCUUGAUCAACACCCAGCACAAUCAGUCAUUUAUGUUGCAUUUGGGAGCUUCACAGUUUUCGAUCAAAUCCAAUUCCAAGAGUUGGCUAUCGGGCUUGAACUAACCAACCGACCAUUUUUAUGGGUGGUGAGGCCAGAUAUAAUUGAAAAGGCAAAUGAUGCUUACCCAAGAGGGUUCAAAGAAAGAGUAGUAACUCGCGGACGAAUGGUCGGCUGGGCACCUCAGGACAAGGUCCUCAGUCAUCCCUCUGUGGCUUGUUUCUUAAGUCAUUGUGGUUGGAACUCCACCAUUGAAGGCGUAAGCAACGGGAUUCCUUUCCUCUGCUGGCCUUAUUUUGGUGACCAGUUUUUUAACCAGACCUACAUUUGUGAUGUUUGGAAAGUUGGGUUGUGGUUCAACAAAGAUGAAAGUGGGAUCAUCAGACACGAAGAAAUUAAGGGAAAAGUUGAACAACUGCUGGCUGAUGAGGCGUUGAAAGCAAGGGCUUUGCGUCUGAAGGAAGUGACUGCAGAAAGUGUACAAGAAGGUGGCUGUUCUAGCAAUAAUUUCGGUAGUUUCAUCAGGUGGAUGAAGGAAUAGACAAGUUGUUCAAUGUACCGACAUGAUGCAUGUCAGUUCUGUUUUGUGGUUCUCAUCAAAAUUUUAAAUAAACGGAGACUGAUAUUGCACA